GUUGUAUAGAAAAUAAGUUGGCAUAAUGAACUUGGAAUUAGGCAUACAAAUUUUGCUAAUGGCAUCUGGCCUAAGGUUAGUUUGGAGCAUUGUCUGCUACAAUUGCGACUCAAAGACGCUUCCCGAAUGCGCACAAACACUGGGUGAGGAAGGACUUUUGCCGUUCAAGGAGUGCGCAGCAGAAGUACCAUGUGCUAUGUCUAUUGGUAAGUGGAAAGGUCGGACCGAAAAAGGAUUAUCAUUAUUUUUAUUUACAGUGGACUCCACCACGUAUCGCGGCUGUGAAGUUGAAGUACCCACCGAAGAAGCCACGUAUGCCAAGAACUGCACCAGCAAUUUAUGCAAUGCUGGCGUAUUUCCGCCUGGGCGUCUUAAGUGUCAUCACUGCAUGGGCGCAAGCUGUGUCGAAGCGCCAGUUGUAAAACCACGUCCAUGUCUCUAUCAUCAUGAGGAGGAUGCUUGCUACACUGAGGUGGUAAAUGCAAAUCUUGCCUACCGUGGCUGCGUCUCCGAUAGCAAUCAUACGGCAGUCAAUACAGCCAAGGUGUGUGAGAUCAAUGGCUGCAAUGCUGAGCGUGGUGCUUGGACAUUAACUUGCGCCAGCUGUGAUUCCAGCAAGGGCCGCGGCUGCAAAAUGGAUCUCUUUCAGCUGGGCAGUAGUUGCAAUAUAAGUUUGUUUGAACUGUGCGAGGAGCAGCUGCUGUUGGGAGAAGAGCAGGGCCACUACUGCUACACAUAUCAUCAUCUGAGUCGUGUGGUACGUGGUUGUUCUACGCAACUGCCUGCAGAGCUAGAGCCGCAUCGCCUUGAGUUGCAGCAGUGUGCCAAUGCUACCAAUUGCAAUGCGCGUUGCCUUCCCCAACAGCAAUGCCUAAACUGCAAUUCAGCUGAAAAGGAUGUGUGUCGCAGCAAUGCCACGGCAGUAAGUGCUCAAAGCUGUGGCUCCGCUGAAGCGUCCAGCUGCUAUGCGUGUGUUUAUGAUGACUUUGGCGUGCGACGCGGCUGUGGCCACCCACCCACUGACUCAACAAUAACGAAUUGCUAUGAAUGCGAUGGCCACUUGGAGAAAGGAUGUAAUAAGCGUGACUUUACACGAUGCUAUCGCUGCAGCAGCGAUGAGGCGGGUGCAGGCUGCAUUAAUUGGGAGCGUCCAGGUGGCAUUUACAUUGAGCAAUGUGCUGUGCCAGCAGCGCCAUGCUUAGUGCUUAGCUAUGUGAAUGGGACUGUUGAGCGUGGCUGUCAGCGUGAAGAUUUUAACUGCAGCACAGCAUCCGUUGUCAGCUGUCGUAGCUGUGAAGGCAACUUUUGCAACAAGGGUCCAUUUCCGGCGGAGCGCCUAUGGUGUCAUCAGUGCGAAGAUUGUGAGCAAGUAAUAAGCGGACAGAGUGCGUUGCCUUGUGGCUUGGACGCCAAUGAGCCUGUGGAUCAAAAUGCGGCUUGUCUGGAGUUUUUUGAUGAGCAGAGCCAUCAGAUAAAGCGUGGCUGUCGGUCCCAAGCACAGCUCUACUAUGAGUGUCUGCUAAGAAGUGACAAGUGCCGUCUUUGCCAGAGCAAUGGCUGCAAUGAUACGCCUGGAAAGCAACUGCGACCACAACACUUGGAACUGUAAGUAAGGAUAGA